CUGAAGGCAGUACCAGAAAGAAGACAUUUGCUGAAGUCCAAACAGAACGAUUGGAUCAAGCUGAACGGACUGUUUUAAUUAAGUGCCCAUCAAAACUUAAUGAAAAAAAAUUAUUGCAGUACUUAUCCAGUCAUGGGAAUGUUAAGAGCCAUUUCUUUUUUGAAAAUCGUGGCAUCAAUGCUUUAAUAGAGUUUUCAGAAAAGAGCAGUAUAGCCUCAUUGCAGGAUGCUGUUGGGAUCCCAAGUGCUUCAGAGCAUCAUGUUGUCCCAUUUAAAUCAAGACUUUUUACUUUCACCUUGAAAAACCCAGUGAGUCAACACGUUGAAGACACACCACUUCACCUCUCUCCUCAGUGUCACAUUCCAGUGAAAGACCUUAUUGAAAAGCUUUGUCUUGCAGACAGCAUAAGCAGUCAGAUGUGCAUUCUACUGAAUGAGUAUCAGCUUACAGAAGAAAACAUCAAGCUGCGAUUUCUGGCCUGUUCUUUGGUUCGGGAUUUUGCACGUGCAUAUUUCCCAGACAGCACGGUAAAGCCGUUUGGCUCUUCAGUCAACACGUUUGGCAAAUUGGGAUCUGAUGUGGACAUGUUUUUGGACUUUGGUGAUACAGGAAAGCAUGCUACAAAAAUGAAAAAAGGUCCCUUUGAAAUGGAGUAUCAGAUGAAAAGAUUACCAUCGGAAAGAUUAGCAACUCAGAGGAUUCUUUCUGUGAUUGGAGACUGCCUUGAUAAUUUUGGUCCUGGGUGUGCGAAUGUACAGAAGAUCCUCAAUGCCCGCUGCCCUCUAGUGAAAUUUUCCCAUCAGCCGACAGGAUUCCAGUGUGAUCUGUCAGUGAGCAACAGCAUUGCAAUAAGAAGUUCAGAACUCUUGUAUAUCUAUGGCUGUCUUGAUUCCCGUGUACGAGCAUUAGUGUUCACUAUACGAUGUUGGGCUCGUGUCCAUGGACUUACAAAUAGUGCUCCUGGUACCUGGAUCACAAACUUCUCUCUGACCAUGAUGGUCAUGUUUUUUCUGCAGAGGAGAUCGCCACCUAUCAUUCCAACACUAGACCAACUUAAAGCACUUGCAGAUGAAAAAGACAAGCAUAUAAUUGGAAGAUAUGAUUGCUCAUUUGUUAGCGAUUUAAGGAAGAUUAAACCUACAAAAAAUACAGAAACACUUGAUGUAUUGUUGGGCGAGUUUUUUGAAUAUUUUGGAAACUUUGAUUUCAGAAAGAACUCCUUAAAUCUUCGAAAGGGAAAGGAAGUAAAUAAGCCUGAGUCGUCUCCUCUUUAUAUCUGGAAUCCCUUUGAACAAGACCUUAAUAUCAGCAAGAAUGUUAAUCAGCCACAGCUGGAGAAAUUUAUAGCUAUGGUCAGAGAAAGUGCCUGGAUUUUACAGAAGGAAGAUAAAACUCAGCAAAUGAUCAAUAAAGAACCUUGGGGACUGGCAGCUCUACUGAUACCAUUUGGAAAAAGUAAUUCCAGCAAGAUGAGGAAUAGGAUGAAAGGAAUAGGAAGUGAAACAAUCAGAAGCCUCUUGGACUCUUUAAAGUUAAAUAAUGCAAACAGUCAACAAAAAGCAGUGGGAAAAUGACUUUAAGCACAGAAACAUAGUAGCUGAUAUUCUGUUUAAGGAAUUAUAUGUGACACACAGUCCAAAGAACAUUACUUUUAAUAUUUCUAUUAUGGGGAAUGGAGAAUCAAGCAAUCUCUGGUUUCCAUCGUGAUAAUUUUUGUACAGGUCUGCUUUCUGUACAUUUUUCUUCUCCUUACUCCUCAGUUUCCUUCUGUUUUAUGAAUGAAAAAUACUCAAAUAUAAGUUUUACAGAUGCAUUUUGGAAGUAGCCUUCAGUUGGGCACUCUACUGUAAAAAAGGCUGACAGGAGCAGUAUGGGGAAAAAGCCUUUGGGAAUUCUCUUGGCUAGCAUACAAAUGAUAUGCUAAUUAAAAGCUCAAGAAACAACCACCUUUCCAUGAAACCACAGUCUGGAAGAAGAUAAGUGUGUUGGACCCAUUGUUUCCAAUCCAGUCGUGUUUUGGAAGCCAGUAAAACCGAAGUGUGUGUAUCUAUUUUUGCAGUUGUUUUCCAUUCAUGUAGAUAGUGUCAAGACAAAUAAAGAGGAUGGAAUUAGAUAGUCGGGUUUGCAGUUUCGUAAAGCAUUGCACCACCACAGCUCUCCAAGGAUAGUGCCACUGUUUUCUGUUGGAAAGGUGGGUUUGCUCUUGUGUUUACCACCUGAUUUCAGGUGUCUUUAGUUAACUCUCCUUUGUUUUCUCUACCCAGGACUGGUCUCCACCCACACUUGUUUCUUAUUUUGCCUUCAGCUUCACUUUAAACCUGUAUUUCAGGUUCAGGCAGGGGUUCUUGAAUGCUCUUCUUGCUUCAUCACUCUCCCCAAAGUUGCUGCUUACUAGGUGACAUCAAAGCAUUCCUGCGGAGGGAUCUGUCCUGUGCAGAGAUCCAGAGAAUCAUGUAUUAUGCUGGAGUCCUGUUCCCAGGUUCCAAAACCUUGCCUUGGUUUUCAGAUAUUCAGUAGAACAGUGGCUGUUGCCAUUUCCAGAUCAGUUGGAUCAGCAGAGUCAGUGCUUUUUGUUGACUUAAAACAUUGAGUGCUCUUUGCAUCUACCACAAAAAGAAGUCUUUUCACAGGAAGGGGGGUGGAGGAGAAGGAAUAAAAUGGGAAAUGGAGAGCAGGCAGAUAUCAAAAUUUAAAAGUACAUUUGGGAGUAUUUCACCUGUCCAGUUUGAGAGCCACUCAUGCAUUAGACUAAAUGGUAGCACUGUUAGCAAUUCCACAGAAUGUUUUCUUCAUUCUUAACAGAAAUUCUGUAAAGGAAAUUACUGUAUUCAGAGAUAAUAAUAUAGAUGAAACAUCAAUUUUAUGAUAACUUUCAUUUUCAGUAUUUUCACAUUAUUUAAUGUUGCACUGGUAUACAACCUUGUGUAGACAUUUUUCUAAUGGUUUGAUCUGAACAAUUU